CCUCAAGCUCGGUAACAAAGCCGGUAGAUUCAUAUUCAUUCCAGUAUCUCCCAUACCCAAAAAAAAAUAUAUAUAUAUACAGUAAUUAAAAUAAUACUCUUUUCCUUUGAUGACCAAUCCUCCAGGAUUCAUAUCUGGCUAUAAGAAGACCCAGGAAACAACCAAACGGCAGCGGCCACAGAUAAGAAAUUACCAACCAGUUUUCGUCGUCGCCUGUACAACUUUGCGAACAUCGAUCACGCAACUCCCAACUUGGGAUUCAUAUCAAGAUUUCCACUCUUCUCUUUCCGCACUAGUCAAUUCUUUCUCGUCAGCCCCGUUUCCGAUUUUUGGUUUCUGGGUUCUGAUCGAUUUCUGAAAUCUGGGUGGCCGACGAAUCACCAGAGCAUGGAAGGCGGUGGUGGUGGUGGUUUGGGCGAUGCCAAGACGCCGUUGUUGACGCCGGCGGACGGACGGCACGGUGGUCCUCGUCAUUCUGUUCGCCACCUGAAAGGCGAUUUCUUGUCCAAUUUGCCCCAAAAGCUGCGUUCUGGGAUUGACCCUGAAUCUCCUUUGGACCUUGACCUUUCCAAAGCCACUGGCUUGCUUGAAGGGGAGAAAGAGUACUACGAGAAGCAAUUUGCUACCUUGAAAUCAUUCGAGGAAGUUGACUCUCUGGAGGAACCACAGGCAAUCAAUGAGGAGCACGUUCUUCAGGAGCAAGCUCUGCACGAGAGAGCAAUGAACAUCUCCAACUGGGCGAAUGUCUUUCUGUUGGCUUUCAAGAUAUAUGCAACUGUAAAGAGUGGAUCAUUAGCUAUUGCCGCGUCAACUCUGGAUUCUUUGCUGGAUCUGAUGGCUGGUGGCAUUCUUUGGUUCACUCACUUGUCAAUGAAAAGCAUCAACAUCUACCAAUACCCAAUCGGAAAGCUCAGGGUGCAACCAGUUGGAAUCAUCAUUUUCGCGGCUGUCAUGGCUACCCUUGGGUUCCAAGUGCUAAUUCAGGCCGCGCAAAGGUUAAUCACGAAUGAGCCUUCUGAAAAAAUGAGUUCAAGCCAGUUGAUUUGGUUGUAUGGGAUCAUGUUGACAGCUACCGCUGUAAAACUGGCAUUGUGGUUUUACUGUAGAAGUUCCGGGAACAAAAUUGUUCGUGCAUAUGCAAAGGAUCAUUACUUUGAUGUGGUCACGAAUGUAGUAGGUCUCCUUGCUGCUGUUCUAGGCGACAUGUACUACUGGUGGAUCGAUCCAGUCGGAGCUAUCAUCCUUGCUGUGUACACCAUUACAAACUGGUCUGGCACUGUACUAGAGAAUGCAGUUUCUUUGGUAGGACAGUCAGCUCCUCCAGAGUUCCAUCAGAAACUAACCUAUCUUGUUCUUCGCCACCACCAUCAAAUCAAAAGAGUGGACACAGUUCGGGCAUAUACCUUCGGCGUCCUCUACUUUGUUGAGGUUGACAUCGAGCUACCAGAAGAUCUUCCACUGAAAGAGGCUCAUGCAGUUGGGGAAUCGUUGCAGAUAAAGAUCGAAGAGUUGCCAGAAGUCGAGCGGGCAUUUGUUCAUCUGGAUUACGAGUGCACUCACAAGCCAGAGCAUACUGUUCUCAGUAGGAUCCCGGAUGGGCUUGAUUGAUCGAACUGAAUGAUCAUGAUCAGCUAACGCUAAGUCGUCACUGGACCUGUGAUAGAUUUGAGUACUACUUCUCUCUCAGUUACGGCGCAUAAUCACAUUGCGGUGAUGGGAGCAGCAAGGGAAAGGUCUUAAGAUGCAUUCUGCUGCACCAUUUUCUGGUUUUGUAGUUGCCUACUGUGUACGGAAACCACAAACAGUUGUCUGAUUUUGAAUCUUUGAUCAUGGAUGGGCAUUUGGGCACUGUAGUUGGUGUACUUAAAUUAAGAAUUUAUAAGAUGUCAAGUGAUGGAAGAGUUGUGACAAGAAUUCAAACUUUGAUUACUUGUAAACGACUAAUAAACUGGAAUUAAAAAA